UUCUCCGGUCACAAGAUUUAACAUCGAACAACAAAGGUUACAACAAUCUAAAUCAUCCCAAAAUCUAGAAAAAGUGAACUUUUUGUUUCUGUUUAUUAAAUUUGCUAAUAUUUCUGUUUAUUAGAUCAUUGUAAUAAAAGAGUUUUUGUAAUGAAAAUGUGGCAAAGUGUGUCUUAUCUUUGCUUUUUUGUCAUUGCUGUUCAGUCGGCGGCUUUCGUCGACCCAUGGAAAAUUGGAAAGUGUCCCGAAGUCUCGCCAAUCCAUCUUCACGAGGGUGAUCUUUCCGGACGGUGGUACGAGAUCAAGGCUGCUCAUUUAGCGAAAGACGCAGACGAAGACUGCAUUUAUUCAGACAUCUCAUUCGAGGAACAGCAUCAAGGCUGGGACCUAUUGAUGAACACGACAAUCUACAGAGUUGGCAAAUUCAGCAACUUCAGUCUUGAAGCGAAACAGCCCUCUGAUCUGGAAACCACAUCUCUGGCCUCUUUUGUAGUUCACUUGCCAGAUGCUUAUGACAAGGUAUCCCUUAUGCAUCCUGAAAACUACCAGAAGCCAAGUCCUAAUUUUUACAUUCUACAUGCAGAUGAAGACGUUGCUCUUUUCUACUUUUGCAUGGUCAAAAGGGGUCAUUACAAGGACGAGAGAGCCUGGAUAUACUCACGUGAUCAAAGCCCAGAUUUCUACAAAAUUUACGAAAUGGAGGAAAAACUGCAAGAAAACGGAGUGUCGAUAAACAUGCAAGAUUCGGGAUUCAAGCAAUGCUCGGAGUUAAACAAGGAUCCAUGGGAAGUUCACGAGAUUCCAACAAAUAAGUUUGUGAACCUGAAGAAAAACAAAGACAAUGACUAUUAUCCGGUGCUGUAUCACAAGUGCUUGCAGAGAGCCAGACUUGGGGUUCUAAGCCCAGAGGAAUGCGAUGAAGCUUUCCUUGGGUACUAAGAUGAUUCUGGCUCUUUUUUACUCGAAACUACAAAUGGGCGUGUGAGUGGAAGAGAGCCAUAUAACUCUAAUCCAAAUGCCUCUUUAAUACAUUCAUCCUUCGCCAAAAUUAUUGUCUUUGUUUCCGAAUCAUAUAUUUAAAAUAUCUUAUUCAAAUUGCAAC